AUGCCCGUCGACGACGUUCCACCCGCUCUCGACUUUGAUGAUAGCGACGCUGACUCUGUUUCCUCUCAGCAAGAACUGGAGCAAUUUCUGAAGGAGCAAAUUAACGCUUCUACUUUCCCUUCAACGGCUCCUAUAUGGGCCAAGGCGUCCAAGAACCGUCUGGCCUUACUUGGUAAAGCCGGUACAAAAUUGUUUGAGACACAUCCACUUUCUUUCGACUUUGACCAAGCUACCGGGGUUGCUCACGCUACUGACUUAGUCAAGCUAAACUACUACAGCACAUUAUGGUUGGAUGAUCCUGACACAGAUCACUCUAAGUGGCAUUAUGAUCUGGAGAUCCGCCACGCUGAAGACGCUGAAGCUUGCGUCGAAAGCACCCCUCUCCGUCCCAAUCAUGAAGAUUAUCAACACCGUAUUCAACCAGCCACUGCUGUGUACGACGUAGAGUACGACCACGCUUCUGGCUUUCUUAAGUCCCUAGCACUGGCUUUGCAAGCCCUGCCUCCCUCCCAGACUGGAUUGAUGACGCCUCGUCUUCACUUCUAG